GGUAAGACAGUACGAUAGCAGACCACAGAAAAUAGAAAUUAUUAAAUAAUAUUAUAACUCAUAUUAGCCCGCGCACCAGCUCGAGCAGACACGAGCGCUUAUCUAGAGCUUAUCAAUAUCAUUUAAUUGAUAACGGACAAUGAUAAUACGUGUGGCGACACUGUACAACACUUAUCACGGUUAACUGAGAAUUUACGUUCUUCCGCGAACGACACACACACACGUCAUAUUAACAAUCAUGGUCCAUUCAUUAUCUCAAAUCCAAACGAUUUCGGAACCCCUUUCUUCGUAGACGUGAUUACGAACGCAUAAUAUUAUUAUUAUUAUCAUUAUCAUUAUUAGCAAGAUCGAGGUCGGCGGCGGCGGCGGAUGACGAAAGAGAGAAAUCUGUCGUCGUCGCGAUCUCUAAAACUCCGGGAUCUCGGUCGUGUAGUCGUCUAGCGGCUUCGCUCAUUGCAGCUGCUCUCAAUGACGAGUCCGUCGGCCCCGCCGUAAUCGUUUCUUCUUCCAUGGUCGUCGGAGCUACGUACGCCAACACAGGAAUCAACGAACUCCACACCGUCCCCCCCCCGCCGUCACCUCCGAAUCAUGACGAUUUCGGUUCAUAACAAUUAAACGUGAUAAACACUCACACACACACACACACACCUAUGUGAUUUCGUAACGUCGUCCGUCGUAUACGUGGAUUAUAUGUGUAAGUGUAUAUAUAUUUAUAUAUAUAUAUAUACGUACUUAGUACACAAUAUAUAUAUAUGAAAUAUUAAAAUGUGCGUGUGUGUGUGCGCGCGCGCGCGCGUGUGUGUUCAUAGUACUUCCAUAAUCGAUUGUAAACUCGAAUAAUUUUCCUACACAGUAUUAUUGUUGUUGUUUUUGUUGUCGUCGUCGCAUCUGUCGUUGCCGUUUUCGUCGUCGUCGUCGUUCAUGUUGAAGAUCUAAGCGCGUAACGCCGACAGUCGUGUCCGCGCCGGCGGACGCGCGACCGCCCGCCCGUCAAAGCACGGUCGACGAACGAUAUGGCCCAAGCUCGAAAGCGUUGAUCGUCGCCGGGCCCGACGAGACGAGUGCGGCGCGUCCAACACUGCUGGUGUGUCCGGGUGUUUGCAUAGCAUGACAUAUAUCAACAACGCAAUCAUGUUGAUAGAAGAAGAAGUCGCCGGCAACAUGUCGAACAAACACAACAGCAAAGUUCAAGAUAAAAAUAUAUGGAAAUCGUUGCGGACGCACAUUUUGUCACGCCGCGAGAAGAACAAACAAGCUGAAGUUGAUGCUGAGGUGCUAAGAAAAAAAAAAUGUGUAGAAUAUCAAAAAAUGCAAGAAAACAAAUUGUCGUUAGCACAGAUCAAUGGCCGUUUAAUUCAACUAAGAGACAAACGUGAUGAACUUGAAGAAGAAAAACGUGCACUUUUGAAUCAGUCACUAGCUACUGAUGAUAGUAUGGCAACUGCUUUAGUAGUGGCUAAAACUGAAUCUAAUUGUGAACCUAUUAACAAUAAGACUGUAGUGACUAACAAUAUCAAUAAUGCUGUUGUUACAAAUCAUCGACCAACCCCUUUACUUCAACAACAACAACAUAUAUUUAGACAACAGUCUUCAGGAGUAAAUGCACAGUCUGGUGCAGGAUCUCCUGCUGCAGGUAGCGGAUUAAGUCCAUUGGCACAACAGUCUUUGAUGAUGCACAAUUCCAGUACCAGUAACACUGGAGGUAGUAACCAAACAUUAUUGGUUUGUUCACCAGCCACAAUAAAUGCUGCAAACAAUCAGAACAAUAAUGUGACUCGUUCUACUAUGUCAUUACCAGCUUCUUUAUCUAGCUCAAUGAGUUUUACAAAAUUUCCGCCGCUGUAUAGCAGUAGUACCACUCAUUUAUUAGCGCCGAAUGUUGGAACCAGUAACAAAACGGGUAGAACACCAUCUCCACAACCCCAAACUAUACAGCAGCAAAAUUAUCAACAGCCACAAAUGACCAUACCUUUCCCUCCAUAUAAGCCAAUGAAUAAUAGUGGAAGCACUACUAAUAAUUUAAAUUCUACUGCUCCAGCUCCUGUAGUGAAUAGUAUAAAUCAGUCAUUAGCUACUGGAACCAAUAGCAAUUAUCCUAUUGAAAACUCAAAUAGACGUGGAAAUAGAGAAGACACUACACAAUCAUUUAAUAGAAAUGUUUGGAUUAACAACAACUGCAACAAUAGUAAUAGUAAGCAGACACCUAAUGUCAGUAAUUAUGGAUCAUUCUACCAACCUAAUUCUACUACUGCAGUUAAUUAUUGUGUCAAUAAUGGCAUGUUGUCUUCAGCUCCAUCAUUAUCUUCAGUAAAUACUGUAUAUAGCUAUUCUGGGCCACCACCGCCACCACCUCCACCACCACCUCGAACAGAAUCGUCUAAUAGUGGUAAUUUAAUCGUGAGUACAGCUGGUGAUCAUGGAGCUCAACAAAUACCAAAGCCUCUUUCUUCUCAUCAACACCAUCAACCUCAUCAUCAUGCACACACUCAUCCACCUAUGUACAUGAGCCCAGGCAUUCGAAACCAAACUAGUAAUCACACAUAUCAUCCAAAACCGCCUCAUAGUGUCUACUCAGAUGAUAAGUUGGCACCUCCUCCGUCAUCUAAUUUUUAUCAACAACAAGGCAGUAGAAAUAUUCAUUUAUCAAAUACUACAACUGUCACGUCACAACCACAUCAAAUGAAUCAAAAACCGCAUAAUAUUGGUUAUCCUAUGCGACAUCCGACAUCUGCAUCUCCAGCUUCUCAAUUAUCUCCAGCAAUCAUUCAGUCGUCUCAACAACACGCCUCAUAUACUGUUCCAACAAGUUCAGUCACAGGGUAUUCAAAUAAACCGCCUGCCACUGUUGCAUCAACUACCGAUAUUCCUAGAUAUCAACAACCAUCACAAACGCCAAUGUCUAGACACGAAUAAUAUUUGUAUCAAAAGUAAACUUUGAUAGUUGACGAGUACCUAGAUUAAACUAAAUUUAGUGUACUUUAUUGUAUUGCUUAGUUUUAAUACUCUUUUAAACACUGUGUAUGAUUAAUACUACGGUGUUUGUUAUACAAUAUUAUUACAAUUAUAUAUAUAUUUUUUUGUACUUUGUAAAUUUAAUGACACAUACUUUUUUAAGUUGUUUUAUAUACGCGAGGGUAUUCAAUUAUUAUAUUGAUAUUUGUAUGUAUAAAAAUGAUUUUUAAUUAUAACUCUUGAACUCUUGAUAUAGUUUAAAAUAUUUCAAUUGUAUAACUGAUUAAAUUAUUUAAUAAACUGAUUGUUUAAUUUGGUUA